AACUUGAUUAAUUUUAUUAGGUAUCGUUCCUUUAUUUAUAUUCUGUUUGUUUGUGUCAGUGUUACAUUUUCCAUAUUUUUUCAAAUAAAAUGAUGGAACAGGCAGUAGAAAGUAUAGAGAUGAAAACAGAAGAACCGUCUUCGCACGAUUUUACAAGCACGAUGGAUCAUGGCGCGGAGAAUGACGAGCCCAGAACAGACGAUUCGUCGCCAAAGGAAUUUACGAGGCAUUGCGAAUAUUUUCACAUGGUUAUUAGACCUAUGCUAACACCCGGUCAUGAGGGUGAACUGUGCGAAUGGAUGAAGGAAAUGGGUUUACUUCGAAGAACCUGGAGAUGUACAAAUGAAGACUGUAAAGGCGUAAAUGGAUACAUGACGUGGAAUAAAGCUCGUGUUGUUGACAAAUAUAACUGGGCGUGCCCGAACUGUUCUAAGAAGUUAUCAAUAAGAGAAGGGUCAUUUUUUAUACACAUAAAAUGUGAAUUGAAACAGAUUUUCCAAGCAAUUCUAUGUUGGUGUGAACAAACUCCUGUUGCCCAAGCUUCAGCUACUUUAGGUAUUAAAGAUCAUGUAGUUAAACGAAUCUACGACCGUUGCAGUGAAGUGGCAAGCAAGUAUGUGGAAGACCACAACCAUGCUUGGCUUCUUGGUGGUGACAAUGCUGUAGUAGUUAUUGAUAUAUUCCCUGAUGGUUACAUGACGUCUAAUCCAGCAGUAAUUGAUUGCGCUGGCAAAAAAAACACCAAGAAGGUCUUAUGUAUAGCUGACACAAGCCAAAUGCCUGCUCGAAUAUGGGCAAGGAUCUUGGAACAGGAACAUCAAGGAGCAGUUGAAGAAGCUCUAAUGUUUGUCACACAGCAAAUACGACCAGGAUCAACUCUAGUGGCAAAUGAAAGAGCACAUGCCUGUCCAUACAGUGCUAUCUGCCAGUUAAAAGGCUAUCCCAGUAUUAUAAGUGUUGAGACACUUAUGGAACUAGAUCUUCCAGGUACUCGGAGAGUGCAGGAGAAUUUAGAGACAAUCUGGCAGGCCUUAGUAGCUGUCUGUGAAGAAGUAAGAGAUUUGCCAAAGAAAGCUGGAGCAAUACUUCUAAACGAAUUUAUGUGGCGUCAAGUGUUUGGCAGCUCCUCGUCGACAGCACUUGAGUCAAUACUGCAUCACAUAGCAGAUCAGUACUUAGAAGAUGAUAACUGAAACUUUACAACAGGAUUGUAUAUGCAUGUCUGCAUUUCAUCAUCUCUAAGUUUUUGUUUACUGCUUCUACAUGUUUCAUUGCCUUAGGAAAAAAGCACACAACUCACACAUUCAUUAUAUUCUGCUUUCAUACUGUUACUCAUGCUCGUCGUGCAGUUGUGAGAUGACAGCACCAAGUAAAAAUAUCUAAUAUUGUCAUGCUUUUGAUAGUAAAUGGAUUUCCAAAAGGCACAUGAUUCCAAAUACUCACUAUUAGACUCUCCACAAUGGCUUGUAUUUGGCAAAGUGAAAUCUGUUAAUUUCUUUUUAAUUAUUUGUGAGAAUAUGACAUGUCCAGAGCAACAUAUUUUUUGUUUUAUAUACAAAUUUGAUUUUUUGUAUUCUGUGGAGUAGUGCUCUGACGUCAUUGUCUUUUUGUCUUAACUAACAUUUGUUGUGUAUACGAAUUGAAACAUUUUAAAUAUGUCAGACUAUGCAGCUCUUGUUGUGUGUUACAAGGGAAGGAAUGUUAACUUUACUAUCCUAUUUUUAUUGUGGAGUUGUUCUUACAAAAGAAUUAUUUCAUAUCUACAUAAAAAUGGUGACAAAUUUUUCUGGAGAAAUGAUUUUUAAAUUAGUGUCUGUAUUUUUCUGACAAACUUGUCUUGCAGAAUUAUGAAACUAAAUCCAGAUAGCUAUUAAGAAAGAAGACGGCAUUUAAAAACAUUCAAAUACUUGUUAAUAGUGUGUUUUACAUGAUAAUGUUUAUAAUGAUGAUAUUUUAUUUUUUAUUCCUGGAACAGCUGUUGAUAAUGAUACUGCUGGUAAAUGACAUAUAAUGCUAAUGGAAUUUGGCAGCUGACAAUUGUUGUCAUUUAUGUUUACUACACAUGCUUUAUUGUAUAUUGCAUUGUAUUUAAGGGUGCUCAUAGGUUUCAGAAAGUCAUUUGCCAUUAGUUUUUAUUGGUGUUAGCAAAUUAAUGUUUCCUUGGGCAAAACUUUUAAACAUGUUGUUUGUUAGUCUACUAUAAUCUAGUUUGUUAAUAUUGACAGUAAACUCUUUUGCUAUAAAUGCUUUCUUCCAUCACAUUCAUUAUGACAAGAUCCUUGUAUUAAUAAAUUUAUACACAUAAUUAUUUACCCAUUGACUGCCAUAUCACUCAUUGGGUGUAGGGUACCACAGCAUUUGUAUGUGAUUAACACCAGUAGUUUCCUACUAUGCUACCGAGUGAGGUGGCGCAGUGGUUAGCACACUGGACUCGCAUUCGGGAGGACGACGGUUCAAUCCCGUCUUCGGCCAUCCUGAUUUAGGUUUUCCGUGAUUUCCCUAAAUCGUUUCAGGCAAAUGCCAGGAUGGUUCCUUUGAAAGGGCACGGCCGAUUUCCUUCCCAAUCCUUCCUUAACCCGAGCUUAUGCUCCGUCUCUAAUGACCUCGUUGUCGACGGGACGUUAAACACUAACCACCACCACCACCAUCCUACUAUGCUAUAUCAGACAGAUGUGGGUGACAUUUUGUUUUUUGAGGAUAUCAUUCACAUCGGGGCCAAUGCCAAGUAUAGUUUUACAUUUUGGAAUGAGCCUUUGGAACUUUCCUCUGAGCCAUUUCAGCCUCCAAUCCACAACAGAAAGUGAAAUUGCCAUAAUUACCACAUGCAUAUUUCGCAAAUAAGACAUUUGUUACUAUAUUACUUACAUCUGAAAGACCGAGAUUCCUGGGGACAAAAAAAUUGCUGAUGAUGUUUUCCAAGUAAACACCACUCAAGAUGAGACCUUCAGCCUUUUCUGAAUGGCCAACUGCUAGCUUCAAGGCAGUAUGCAUCACGUUCUGUGGUGGGACAUGUGAUCAGCAUGUUGCCAAUCCCUUCAGCUGUUAUUGCCAGUAGAUAAAUAUGAUGCCACUUUGGUCUAGCAGCUCCUCAUUUUGCCUCACAAGGGCUGAGUGAACUCCCUUUCCAUACCUCCCUACCUCAUAAAAAAUCUGAGUAGGUAUUGGGAAUUGAAUCCUGGUCUUCCCGCACCAAAGUCAAAGACAUUAACCAUUUGGCUAUGGAGGUGGUCAUGUUUUCCGAAGUAGUGUUCUGUAGAUGCCAUCAAGAAGUGGAACUUUCAGGGAUAUGGAAUGAGUCAAGAUAUAUAUAUUAACAUGAGACAAAGACUUCAUAGAAACUUAACAUGUUCACAUGUACACUGUAUUGAUAAUGAGCUGUCAUUGUACUGCGUAAUGCUAUUCACUCUUGUAGCAUUUAAAUUUGAGUAAAUUAGUAAGAAUUCCGCUACUUGGAAACAGCUGCUCUUUCUCGAGAGCAUGAUUUUUUGCAUGCUUGCUUUGGCGACCUUGUACACUAUGACAGUAUUUACAACACACAUUCCAAGUAGGCAUUCUGUCCCUGACUUUGAGAACUAUUUCACAGGAGUCUCUCGGAGUGCUUGAUUGGAGGUUUCAGUAAUAUUUUAUUGUUGUAGCCACAUAUGGCAGGUGGCUUUAAGAUUCUCUUGUAAGUUUCUUACUCACAGAUGGUUGGUUUUGACAUCUGCAUUGCCUGUUGUCAGUGGGGCAGGUUUUGCUGAAAGGAGCAUGUCUCGCAUAAAAAGUACUCCAUUCCAUUACCAUGAUACCAUUUUUAUCAUCUUCUGCAGUCACACCUCCUUAUCUAAUUUCUUUAGCUUUUAAUAAUGUGGGAUGAUCGAAUGGUAUGGUUAUACUGCAGCACCAACCUGUGUUUUUCAUUGUAAGCAGGACAGUGUCAGUUUGUAACUUCAGUAGAAGUUUUCCAAGAAGAAUGUACGCCCCUCAUUUACAAAUAUUUGUGGCUGAUAUUCAGGUAAUGUCCUUGCAAAAUCCUGUGUCUUGUUGUUCAUCUCAGAGUAGCUGCAGCAAAUUUUACUAUUUUUGAAGAAUUAAGUUUGCAAAGUUUUAUUCCAUUUUAGCUUUGUUGGGAAUUUAUUGACGAACUACUAGUCUGUCUCUCCAAGGAACAAGUGUUCAUCACCAACAAAGUUUUCUCCUUGUGUUAAAAUACUUCCUGAAACUUCUCGUGCAGUACAUCUCUAAGUGGAUUUACUUUCCCCAAACUGUCAUCAGGCAUUUGUUUUCAUUAUCUACCAAGUGAAUCAGGUGCAACAGAAUGUCAGACAGUGUAUUGUGGUUAAUUGAUUUGGUUAACCAGUGGAACCCCAAUAUUGCAACAUUUCAAAAAAUGUUCAAAUGUGUGUGAAUUCCUAAGGACCAAACUGCUGAAGUCAUUGGCCCCUAGACUUAUACACUACUUAAACUAACUUACGCUAAGAACAACACACACACCCAUGCCCGAGGGAGUACUCGAACCGCUGGCGGUAGAGGCCGCGCAAUGUGUGACAUGAUGCCUCUAACUGCAAGGCCACUCUGCAUGGCUUAAACAUUUGUUAAAGCCCAUCUACAUAAGUAAUCCGAAAACCACCUUCUCUCAUCUCUACAUGUUAUGAUCCAUUCACUGACUGGUGUGACAGUCUGCUGCUAAGUGUAACUAGAUCCUCCAUAUAUCUGAUAGUUUUAAGCAUGGAUAGGUCUAAAACUUCAUUGCCCACAAACAGGGAAAGGGCAUCAAAUGAUGAACUGGUUUUUGAAACAACUUUUUGCAAACCAGAUUUGCCUGUGAAAGCAAAUGAUCUCUGAUGUCUUCAGCAUUUGAUCCAUUUCACAUUUCCAGUUGCAUGGGUAUCUUCUUUCUUCUUCUACUGUAUGCUUUACCAGUUCAUUCUUUUCCUCUGCUUCUGUUUGCUGAAUUACUGCAGCUGUUGUCCAUCUCAUUAUUUCCUUGCUCCCUGAAUUGCAGGGACUCAUCAGAAACAAUAUAUUGCUCAUAAUUACUAGCUUUUAAAAUCCUUUGCAUGCCCUCUUCAGUCAACCUUUCACCAGGCAUUAUUGGCUGUGCCUGGUGACAAAUGAGAUUCAGAUUUUCAAAAGUAAUAGACAGUAUGUGCCUGUCAUGAUGAUGAUGAUCACACGCAGGUGGCCAUGCAAUGACACUGCAUUUGUUGCAUGUGACUGAAAUUUUCUGUUACUUAUACCUAAUGUUCUGAGGUUAAAAAGGUGUGAAAUAUAUAAAUACGUGCUUCUUUCACACUACCAGCAAGUUCGGAAAUAAAAACUAAUUGGCCCCAGGAGGAUUAAUUUCCAAAUAUACCAUGACUGCCAGAGGUUGAAGAAUGUCUCCUACAUCUGUUUGAUGUGGCCUAGUUGAAAUGGCAGACAAAGGGUUAAGAACCUUUUUCAUCUUGUCACAGGAAAUACUUUGAACUUUAACUUAAAUACUAUGUGUGAAAGUUUGUUAAUUACAGAGUCUAACUUUUGUUAACUUUGAUUUCAUCCAGUGUUUUUAACAAAACAGUUCUGCUCUGCUGAUUUUACUUAUUAACAAUGUUUGAAAUAUAGUUAAUUCAUUUAGAUUCUUGCUUGUGAGUUUCACAGACAUCUCAAAAUAAAGUUUAUCAUUUGGUCAGCUAUGUAUUGGCAGAUGUAGUACCUGACAGCGGCAUUGUUUGUGAGAGAUACACUUGUAGAAACCCUACAGACAGCCUUAACUGUUGGUCUGGGGUUGUAGUAUUUUCAUUGUUCCUAUGUAUCUUGAAAGACUUGUCUGCUGUAAAUUUGUUUGAUAAGUCAUUUUAUGAAGUGGACUUGUUCCUGAACAGGCCAAUGUUUGCCAUAGUUUUGGAAAACACUAAUAAUGUGUAGCUGUCUCACCAAGAAAUUGUAAGAAAGUAGUCUCUUUGAUUAGCAUAUGAUAUACUUUGAUUGCUUGACUACAGGCUGUGUAUGAACAAGUGGACUAGAACUGUGAAAAAUUACCUGUUUAUUUCUGAAAAAUCAUAAUAAGCACUCCACUGUUGGCUAAAUGUGAGGGGAAAAGUAGAAGAUAUUAAUGAGACAGUGUGAGAUGCAGCAAUAGUCUCCAGCUUAUCUGCUGUUCCCAAACAUGUUGCACAAAGCUCCUUAUCACUGAACAUUAAUAAAUUCUAUUUUCUGAUCAUUUACAUAUGUACUUAUGAAAGUUCAUUUUUUCUGCAUUAGAUGUUGAUGCACAAUAUUGGUGUAUUUUAUUGAUUUUUUGGUGAAUGGUUCACAGCUAAGUUUGUUUAUAGUACAAAUACAGCACCAUGGUUAGGGCUUUAUUUAUCCUUGUUUCAUUAUUGUACAUAUUUUUUUCAGUUACAGCAGUAAGUUUUAAAUAUUAUUUUUAUACUAUUUGGUUGUUUAUGUGUGUGUUUGUGGCCUUUUAUUUCCUAAAUUCAAUGCUCUAUAUGGUGACAAAAACAUAAUCAUUGUAUCUGAAUGUGGAUUUGUUAUUGUAAAUAGUGUAGCCAAAUACUAAAUCUUACUGUGAAGCUACAAGGGUAUUUCCAUUUUUACUGUUGUGCCAGUUCAUAGACUUGUUUAGUAUAUCAUUUCUUUUGUAGUUGUGAAUUAUGUAAUAUAUUUUAAUGAAUAGUUACAUUUAACCAAAUGCAGUUAGGUCAAUAAGAUACACUGUAAAGGUGCAUUCUCUGGAAGUACAUAGACUGCACAACAUGAAAAGCAGGUUAAACACCUUAAUAUUGUGAAGUGUUGUAUUGGCAUUCAUUGUUGAAAUCCAGAGUUAUCUGUAGCAUAUAUAUAAUUGUGUGUAUUCAGUUUCCAUUUACAUUAUGAGACUACACUCUCCAGCCACAAGCAGUAUAUAAUUUGUAGUAUGUUAUUAUUUAACUGUCUUGUUGCCGUUACCUUUCUAACAGCUCAGUAUAUCAUUUCAUAUCAGUAUAAUUUUAUUUUGAAGUUUGAAGAAAGUACCAUCUGUGAUUAGAAAAUAUCUAAAGCAACUUUCUACCAAAAUACCCAGCCAUUAACAGCUUCUUGAUUAUUCUUGUUUAAAAAUGUUUGUGUUGCUCGAACAUCGUAAGUCAGAUGUGUGAUAGAAAGCAGUAGUUAUGAAGAGCUUCUUGACUCAGUCUCUAAAGUAUUUGGUUAAGAUAUGACUGCCUUGUGUCUAACAACUCUUAUUAUAACUUGUCAUUAUUUUGAGCUAUUCAUACGUUUCUGAUUAUAAGAUUUGUAGCUUAUAAUUUGCUGUGACUACUACUUAUUUGUUGUCUACUACACUGCUCACUUUUUGGAAUUAAUGUGGAUUAUGUGAUACUGUAUGAGCACUUCAGAACAUACCCCUUGAUGUGAAAAGCACAUCAUGAAUACAAAAUAUGACAUAAGUGAAAAAAAACUACAUUUGUAUGAAAUACUUGUUAUUUUUAACUACAACUUUUUCUUACAGAUUCUACUCAAUGGUAAUCAAUUUACAGCAAUGUAUUAUGAUGCUGAACAAUCAUGUUGUGUAUUUGACUUUACUUUCACUUCCUUUUUCAAAAAGAAUUACAUACUGGAGAAGCCAAUUCAACACUGAAAUCUCCAGAUUUUCCAAGGAACUCUCAUAUUUUUGUAACCAUAAGAAACGCUCUCGGUAUGAUUAUUAAGAAUCGUGACAUAAUUGUUUGGGCUUUUCUGAUGAUCUAGUGACUUGUUGAAUAAUCGGGAUUUCUGCCAGAUGUUCGCGCUGUUCUCAUACAAUAUUUCAACGGCAUAAAUUGCCCUGAUAUUACAUAAACCUUUUGUUCAUUAUAAUCAUACUAUGUUGGGCACUUGUGAACUGGAGGGUGCCAUCUGCUUUUAUAUUGCUAUCAGAUUCAAAACAAAACAGUCUUCGGAAAACUGCCUGCUGCUGUUACCAUUGCAGAUAAUGUUGACUAUGCUACAACAUUUAACCUAUAUCAGUCAAUGACCUAAAGUUUCUCAUAGAUUUCCUGUGACUAAGUCAACCAGAUAAUUUUUGGCAUCUAGUGGAGUUUAUGGUAUCAAGUGUUAUAUAAAAAAAACUUGUAUGUACUAUACCUUAGAAUUAUCUGACUACUUAGUUUGUGUGCAUGCUUUUACUUUGACCUGUUUGCGACAUGUUUGCUCACACCUUUGAGCAUCUUGUAAGUCACAGAUAGUGAAAUUCAACUGCGAGCUUGUGUACGUUUUAGUGAUGUUGGACAUUUGAGAUUAUGCGGAACAUGAGUUAUAUAAUUGUUAAAAUUAAAAUACUGAUCACCUAUUAUUUUACACAAAAUGACAUUUUGCAAUGCACUGCUUGGAUUAUUGCCCUAUAUCAAAGUGGCACUAUCAGCUGGUCGUUGAUAACUAAAGAGCGAUGUAUGGUCCAGAUGGGUCAACAACAAUAAUGCUGUUUGUGAAAAUAAAGUCACUGUACACGUGUAAAUUGGUUACACAAUUACUAUAUGAAGGGUUCGGCAGAAGAAAGUGCUAACCUCAGUAUGGUUAGAAUUAAGUGUGACACAUCAUCUAUCAUAUUUUUGAAUGCACCAAACUUCCAUGUGUACCACUACUAUAUAAUAUUGAGUAUAUAAAUUGAUUUGUCUUUCUCCAAACAUAUAACAUGCAGUAACACUACAUAUGCUUUUGUUAGGUAAGAGUUUCUUGUGUCAUCCUCUUCAUAUAUUACUUACAGAGUAAAGAUUGAGGCACAACAUUUAUUUUUUAUUUAUUUUUUUUUUAUUUGUAGCACCUUUCUUUUCACCACAACAUGUGCCAUGAACAGAUUAUUUGUAGAACCAGCAGUCAAUAAAUAGUCGUUUCUCUGCUACUGCCUGAAGCAGAAAACCUGUGGAUAGCAUAUAACUAUAACUGGAUAUCAUUAGUGGUUUGCUUGUUAUCUUUUCUAAGGGUGAGGUAACCAUCACUGUACAUAAUAUCUGGCCACAUUCCAUGUGACACUGACUUUGUGAAAAGGCUGUUGCAGUACAACUGAUCUGUCAGGAUUUUCCUACUACAUAUUGAAAAAUGUCAGUAUUAUUAAAUAUAUUUUAUUUAAAAUAUUUAUUUUUAACAUUUUACAGUAUUUGUUUAUAAUGUCAAAAUAUGUAAAAACCAAAUCAGGGCCAUUUUCUUUCCUUUUACUUGACAUUUCUCAUAAAUAAGCAGCAUUUAUUGAAAUAAUUUAAUGCAUACUUUCUAUAUUGUGAAAUAUAUUGUAUAUAGUUUCUCAGUGGAUAAAAGGAAAAGCCAUAUAUUGUAAUGUAGAGCCUCCAGAAUAAAAUAAUACAAUCAAGAGGUUUAAACUGUGCUGUUUCUCUGCUAGUUUCAGACACAGAUAUUUUAUAUCAGUAGCUGGAAGUAAAUUGUCAUAUUCUUGCCCCAUAUCUUUAGAUUUAACAUCAGAGUACAUUAAUUGAAUUGUGAGAUAUUCCUGUAACAUUUACAGUUUUUAAUUUUUACACGUUGCACAAAUGUCAAUAUAUCUUAAGGGAUGCAGGCGUGUUCUCAGGAAUAUCUCUUGGAUGUUUUAGAUUGUGUAAUGAUUUAAGGUUGAUAUGACACCAUAUAAAUUAAUUGUGCCUUCCACAUGUGCAAAUAGUUACCAACAUAAUCAUCACAUUUCAGAGGCUCAGAAUAUAUUUUUCAUAUAUUUUUGUUACGUGCCUUUUUAAGUUUCUUAAUUAUAAAGAUUCUAAUAAUGAUAAUAAGUCUGUUAUAUGCAGUUGAAGAUGCUGUAUUUGUUAAUACUCGUAGUAAUUGAAAACCAUACGACUGACAUAAUGGUGAUUGGUUGGUGUAUAUUUUCAGCAGUUCUAAUGGAUGUGGCCUACAUGAAAUGUCCUUAAUGGUUGAGAAAUUUGUAAUACUGUAUGGUGCAAAUGUUUUUUGCAUAAUCAGAGUAAUUUUUAAUCUUGACUUGCUUUAUUGGAAUAAUAUCACAUUAAAUGUUAAAAUCUGUGGUUUCUAUAUUUGUAUAUUUGAGAGAAGAGUAUAUCAAUAAAUAUAUACAGUUUUC